GGGUUGUAUAUAUGUUUAUGUUGUGAUCUUGUUUGUCUCUGCUCACCUGUGUGUCCAGGUGUAAUCAAAGCGCUGUAUGAACACUACCAGACGGACUGCAGGGACUGUGUCCACGUGUGGCUGAGCGCCGACACCGAUCACUUCUGCUCCUCAGCGGGAGAUAAAGGCUGGGGGUGUGGCUACAGGAACCUCCAGAUGAUGCUCUCCUCUCUGCACCGAAUAGACACCUACGCUCCCAUCAUGCAAGACAGGACGAUACCCAGCAUCCCUCGGGUGCAGAGGAUGAUCGAGGAGGCGUAGGAAGGCCUGGACGCUCAGGGCGCGUCCCACUUUGACCAGCGUCUGCAGGGGACCCGAGCAUGGAUCGGAGCCACGGAGAUCUACAGCCUCCUCACCUCUCUGAGAAUCAAAGCCCGGAUCGUGGACUUCCACCGGCACACCGGCCCUGCUGACACACAUCCCCGCCUGUUUGAGUGGGUGAAGCAGUACUUCAGUCAGACCGGCAGUAACAGACUGCCCCCCCGACUGGUCCAGACCUCCUUGCCCCCACUUUACCUGCAGCACCAAGGUCACAGCCGCUCCAUCGUGGGCUUGGAGCAGAAGAAGAACGGGUCUCUGUGCCUCCUCAUUCUGGAUCCGGGCUCCUCCGUGUCAGAAACCAGGAAGCUGCUGCGCAGAGAGUCCGUAGGCUCCGCCCUCCGACACGUCAGGAAGUCCAUCAGCAGCCUGAAGCACAGACAGUACCAGGUGGUGGCGCUGCAGGGCGUCCUGUCUGCAGAGGAGAAACAGAUCAGCAUCUUAAAGUCCAGGACGCUGUGUGCAGAGAGAAUCCCAUGAAGAAGAAUCUCUUUGUUUUUUACUGUGAACACAUUUUUAAAUAUUUAAUGUAAUACAAUUUAUACUGUACUUUAUUUUAAUAAACCCUGUUCUCUUCAUGCUGUG